GCCUUCGCGUCUAAGCUAAAGGUCUAGCUCCUACUCCAAAGAUGGUUAGUGAAAAGUCUUCAGUGGCGGUGGCAGUGCUCGUGGUCUCCCUGGCGGCCCUCGCUCUUGCCUCCGAGACUCGGCAUUACGCCCCAAACACAGGCGUCCUUGAGGGCGUGGGUGGCCUCCAUGGUGCUGGGAUUGAAGGUGGCGUAGGACACGGCCUCAGUGAUGGAUUAGGACACGCUCUAGGUGCUGGACUGAGCCUCGGACACGGCUUGGAUUCCGCUGUCGGAUUGGGACACGGCGUGGCACCUGGCUUCGGAGCGGGACUGAGCGUGGGUGCCGGCGUGGGCGUGGGUGCCGGUGUGGGCGCAGGAUACGCCAACUGCAAGAACUGGUGCAAGGCCCCCACGGGCAAGUACGAGUGCUGCGACGACCUCAAGCCCGGCCACUGCCCUCCCGUCCGCCCCACAUGCCCCUCCGUCAGGAGCCUCCUUCCUCCCACGCCCUGCACGAACGACGCCUACUGCCCCGGCGCCGACAAGUGCUGCUAUGACACCUGUCUCGAGUACCGCACCUGCAAGCCCAUCAGCGCCUUCUACUGAGACAACAAACUAGUCACGAGGAGUAGUCGCAUCACAGCCUGCCACCAUCGUUAUCACCAUUCAUUAUUUACUGCAUCGCCUUCGAUAUAGAUAGAAUCAAUCAAU